GGAAAUACGUCACGCCGUCCCGUACAGGGAAGGGAGGACGACACAACAACCAGCCCGCACAUGAAGUCCCAACAGCGACGGGCACGGACAGAGCAGCCGACAGGCUCCUAUGCAUGCGGUAACAAAAGUUUACAGGCUUCCAGGUGGUGCUGAGUUGUAGGAGAGGCCGGGGAAGAUGAGGUUGUCGUGCCGGAGGCUGGCCCUCGGGCUGAGCGCGGGCGCCUUUCUGUGUUUCUGGCUGUUCAUGACGGUGUUCCAGCAGGACCUGGCGGCGGGGAGGAUGGCGACUCAGGGGGACGGGUCUGCUGGUAGCGAGCGGUGGGCGCUAGGGAAGCACCCACGGAAGAUCUCCAGCGUCGGCAGGCCUGUGGAAGACGACGAAAGAGACAAUGACAUCAAGAAAACGUCCAGGACUCAGUCUAAACACAGUAAACCCGGGAACAGAGGCUCAUCGUCCGGGCAGAACACAGUGUCCGUACCUGACCGCCUGAGGAAGACUGAACUCCGUGACAUUUUCAUCGGCGUCAAAACAACAGAGAAGUACCAUAGACAGAGGAUGGACCUUCUUAUGGACACAUGGGUGUCUCUUGCUAAGGAUCAGACCUUUGUCUUCACUGAUUCUGAUGACCAACAGCUAAGAAGCAGACUAGGUGACCACCUGAUCAACACCAACUGUUCCAGCUCUCACAUGAGACAGGCCCUGUGCUGUAAGAUGGCUGUGGAGUAUGACAUGUUCCUGCAACAAGACAAAAGGUGGUUCUGUCAUGUGGACGAUGAUAACUACCUGAACGUGCAUGAGCUGGUGAAACUGCUGAACCAGUACAAGCACACAGACGACAUCUAUCUGGGCAGACCCAGUAUUAACCACCCUAUGGAGACUUUUGAUAGGCAUGAAAACAUGCAGAAAGUGAACUUCUGGUUUGCCACUGGGGGUGCAGGCUUCUGCAUCAGCAAAGGGUUGGCCUUAAAAAUGAUUCCAUAUGCAAGUGGCGGGAAAUUCAUGAGUUCCUGUGAGAGAAUACGACUCCCUGAUGACUGUACACUGGGCUUCAUCAUAGAGAGGUUACUAAGGGUCAAACUGGUGCAGAUCCAACAGUUCCACUCUCACCUGGAGUGGCUCAAGUUUAUCAAGAAGGAAGAACUUCCUCAUCAGGUGUCCCUGAGCUAUGGGCUGACUCCGUACCGCGGAAGUGCCAGAAAUAUAAUUGGCCUUGAUGAGGUAUUCAGUGAAAGUGAUGAUCCGACAAGGUUUAAGUCUCUGCACUGCCUGCUGUACCCGUAUGUAGACCUGUGUAAAGGUCACGUGAGGAGAAGAAGAUAGUUGAGACUGAGAUUAUGGUUCUUCUGUGACUGUAAGCAAAUUAGACAUAGAUAACAGCAGCACAAUUGUAACAAUGCAGACCACAAUGUGAUAGUGCUACUCAAUAUGACAAUACCACAAACAAUGUCAAAGGAUGAAUCCUUUCUGUAGUUAGUGGUAGACAUCAGUGUUCAGACUCAUGAGAAUAAAUCAGCAGACAGUUUUGAUAUGAUCACUAUCUUGUUUCUAAUACUAAGUGUUCUCCUUAGUUGGCAAAGGUCAGCUUGCAAUCAUUUUCAUGUUCAACAUUCCAUUGCCAUAUGUACAUGUGGUUACCUCUGUAAAAAGAGAAUAAGUCAGAUAUUUCUUAGCCCAAAUGUUUUUAGCUUAAAGGUUACCAUAAUGUACAUGUCAUUCACCACAAAGAUGCAUGUAUGUUUAAACAGUUUUAACUGUUCACUGGCUCAGCAUUUACAAACAUUGUUUUAGACUACUUAUUGUUUCUUUUGUUGUACAAGAGCUGCAUGUAUGUCAAAAAGCAGAGAUUAUCUUGUCCUAUGUAUGAAGUUGAGAUUAACCGCAGUGUGUAUAAAGUGCUGUAAAUACUUUAAGGUUCGAUCAUGCUUUUUAUUACUGUUUGAAGCUAGUGUAGAUAUUAUUCUUAAGUACAUAAUGACUGCAUAAAGUGCUUAGCAACUACUGCUGGAAAAGACAGAAGGAUAUGUUGGUAACCACUGUAUUUCGUACACAAUAAUACAAAGAGGGUUGAAGCAUCGAAAACCACAUAGUAAUGAAUUGUUACAAAUUUCUCAUAGAUGACUCCAUAUGAAAUAAACUAAAUCUGAUGAAAAGAAAAAAAGGGAGAAAAGUUAAGAAAACUUCAUCCUCUGCUGUCUGAAUUUUGAAGAAAGAAAAGACGGGAAAGGUUUUUAUGCUGACAAAUUAAAGAAUAUAUAUAUUAAGACAAGAUUAAAAUGAUAUGUACUGAGUUCUUAAUGACACAGUCAAAGUCACUUUGUUGUGUAACUAGAAAAUCACUAUGUAUGUGAAAUAACACUGUUAAAGGCCUUCAUUACACCAAAUUAAAAUAGAUGUACUAAAUCAGUGCCUUAGCCCUGAAAGGAAAAUGUGUACAUAUAGAAGAUUCUGUACUGUGGUACUGUAUUUUGUCUCAAACAAUAUUUGUAUGUAAUGAAAACUAUACAAAUUUAUUCUUUAAUUUCCUAAUGUUCCCAUUUCGAUGUUCCCACCACCCAGUGAUCAUUCACCAACAUUGUCAUGAGACUUAGUGAUAGAGUAUGGUCGGUGUUUUGCAGUGAAAUUUUCAGCCAUUUUAAGAGCAUACAUUAUUAAUGCAUUUACAGGUUUUACAUAUUUUUAUGAGAUGAAUUCCAAGAUAUGUUUGAGUAAAAAGGCAGCCCAUUUUAGAAUGGCAUAAUGAUCAUCAAAAAAAAUGAUUAUGAAAUGAGAAGUCCCUAUUUUCUCUUAUAGCACAGUUGUAUGAAGCUGCUUAGUAUUACCUUUUAUCAGCAUGAGUGGACCAGUUUUGUAAAUAUUUUGGAUAUUUCAAUCCCAUGACAGUUGCAGUCUGAUGUUCAGAGUUGGUUCAUAUUGAGCUGUUAUGUCUGAUGAUGAUGUAUUUUGU